ACCUUAUUGACCACCUCCUUUUCCCUCCGAACAUCGAUACUCCAACUAUCUUCUCAAUGGAGCUUUCUUCGCUGUUGGUUAACGCUUCAGGCCUGUCUGAAGCUGAAGAUGCUGCCAAAGUCGAGAGGACGACCAGCGUGUGUGCGUCCUUUCCCACGCCUCCGCUGUCAGAAACACCGUCCAAGGACCAGGACGCAGCAUAUAUCCGCCAAGAAGAAGUCAAAGAGCGUUCUAUACGAAGGGCAGAGCUCGUCAAGUCCGUUGAGGCUAUCAUCAAGUCCGUCGUUGACGCUCUUGUAUCAGGAGAGGAUGUCUACAUUGAAUUGGCGCGUCGCAACGCAAAGAACAGUGUUUUCGAAGCAGAAACUGGAACAUUUCAGAGAGCAGCUAAUGGCAGCAUGAAACGCAUCAAGAUGGUUGACGCCAAGGACGACGAGUCUAUCUGGAGAUUCACUACCCUCAUCCACACCCUCGACGCCGUCCACACUGUCCUUCUCACGAACACGAUCACCACAAAACGUGACAUCUACUACACUGCUCCCGCACUCUAUCGCUCCCAGCGCACUGUCGACACCCAAAUCGACGAUAUCGCAUGCACGCUCUCCGUCAAUCGGUCCGACCUGAAUGUCGUUGCAGCCGCUAAGGGAUUGGUGUGUGGGAAUGUAGUGAUCUUGAGGGAUGAUGGGGGGAGGGUGGAGUGUGGAGAGACUGAGGGAGUGCUAGUGCUGGAUGCGGGACAGGUUAGGGGAGUGGACGUUGGUGAAGAAGUUAAAUGGGUGCUGGUGAUAGAGAAGGAGGCCACAUUUCGUGGUCUUGCGACUAGCGGAUUCUGGAAGGACAAUGUCGAUGGUGGGCCAGGUAUCCUAAUCACGGCAAAAGGUUACCCCGACCUCUCAACCCGCGCCCUCCUCCACCUCCUCCACACAACCUCCCCAACUCUCCCCCUCCUAGCCCUCGUCGACCACGACCCCCACGGCUUUGAUAUCCUCCUGACCUACACCUGCGGCUCCACUUCCCUCGCGCACCAAAACAUCCUCCUCUCCGUUCCCUCUCUUCGUCUCCUCGGCGUACGGUCGGGUGAUAUUCCGAGCGAGAAUCUGCUACAGAUGACGAGCAAGGAUAGGAGGAUGUGUGUGGGGAUAUUGGGCAGGAAGGGAGUGAGAAAGGAGGUCAGGGAGGAGGUGAGAAGGAUGUUGUGGAUGGGGAGGAAGGGUGAGAUUCAGGGGGUUGAGAGUGGGAACGAGGGGUUGGGGAGGUGGAUUGGGAGGAGGAUUAGGGAGAGGGACUGGGUGUAG